UCCCAGCAGGACUGACAGGUUCGGCAGGUCACAGGAAGCCAUGUUCCUCUGGCAAAACACUGAUUGCCAGUUAGAAAAAUCAGCGUCUGAGACCGUGUGUCUUUAAGGGUCACUAUCUUUUCAUCACAGACACACAGCCCUCACAAUGAGCUCCAUGGUGGUCACUCGGCCUCGGCCUCUGCCAGUCUCCAGUGAGAUUGACGACUGGGCGUCUGGGAUCUGCAGCUGCUGCAACGACAAGGCUGACUGCUGUUUGGCCUUCUGGUGCUGUCCUUGUUUCGCCUGCAAAACCACCAGGACGUACGGCCAGUGUCUCUGCCUCCCCCUGCUGGACAUCUUUGGCUGCAUCCCGCCUGUCACCAUGUCCAUGAGACUGUCCAUGCGCCAACGCUACGGCAUCAAAGGCAGCAUGUGUACAGACUGUGUGUGCGCCACCUGCUGUUCACCCUGCGUGUGGUGCCAGAUGUCCCGAGAGAUGAAGUACAGGCAACUGCCCACAAUGCUGGGGGACAUCAUCCGUUAAGUUGAUCUCACAUCUUCCACAAGAGAUACCAAACAUCCUCUCUCUCUGCUUCCUGGUUCCUCUCUCCACACCCCAAACAAUCCUUCCCUUCCUUGGUUCUCCAGCCCGGCUCCAAAAGGCAUGGACAUGACCAUCGCUGAACACUGUAUUUACUCAUUAUGGGCCAGGAUUUGGCAUGAAGAAGACACAAGGCAGAUCUAACCCUGCAAGGCUUUAACACUUUAGAUCAACCAUGUAAACAUCUGCUUUCAUGCUGGAGGUGAUGCCAUACUACAAGAGUAACUUCAGUCUAACUUGUUUGUAAUCUUAAUGAGAACAUCAACACUAACCACAGCCUGAUUUGUUUAAGCCCAGGUUACACAGCUGGCCGUUCUGGAGGUGAAUAACUUUACCUAUGAACAAUGGGAACACUUUGCAUCGUUGCACAUACAGCAUCUUAUUUUUAUAUGUCGAGCGCAUACCAGCUGUUGGCGUGCUCUGUAACUGCUGCUGAAGUCAGACUGACAUUUGAUCGUGCCCCCCAUCAGAGAAAACCUAAAGGAGUCCCAGACAGAAAUGUCCAUAAGCCUUAUGUAUUGUCACUUUUUCUGCUUUAUGGUUCCUCUGCCUGGAGUUGCUGAAUGAAUGACCAGUUGAUAAUAUUAUUUGUCUUAUAUUAUUAUUUUUGAAAGGCAUGUCAGCAGUGUGUAUGUCUACUGUAAAUACCUGUAGACCUGCAUGAUGUGAAUAACUGUACAUGUUGCAUAUUCUUUUGUUUUCUUCAGAUUCUCAGCAAAUUGCAUAUAUCUUUGUUUUGUGUCUAUAGUUUAUUUAAUAGUGCAUGUGUUUCAUAUUUUUUGAUAUAUUUGCAUAUUGUUUAUAUUUUGUCUUGCCUGAGUAUGUUCCACUGCUGUUAUUUUAAACUCAUACA